AUGGCUACAGAAUUGACACAGCUUAUUCAGGCCAAGCUUGAUGCGGCCACAACUCGAUAUGUUACUCGUAACCCACGCUCCAAGGCCCUCUAUGAAGAAGCCAUCAAGUCAAUGCCGGGAGGAAACACUCGCACAGUCCUCUACGCCAGCCCAUUCCCAGUGGUUAUCAAGUCGGGAAAGGGAUAUCAGGUCACAUCUGAGGAUGGGCACACAUACACAGACUUGACGUGCGAGUUUACCGCAGCUCUCUACGGACAUUCCAACCCCAUCAUCCUUUCAGCUAUCCGGGAUGUUCUCGACAACACGGGCCUGAACGUCGGCGCAAACACAGCCCAGGAGCAGAUCUUUGCUCGUGAGAUAUGCCAGCGCUUCAGCAUAGAGCAGGUGCGCUUCGCCAACUCUGGCACCGAGGCCAAUCUGCAUGCUCUGGCGGCAGCCCGUGCAUUCACCAAGAAGCGCAAGAUCGUCACCUUCAGCGGCGGCUAUCACGGGGCCGUGAUAGGUUUCAAGGGUGGGAAGCCUGAGGACAACAAUGUCGACCUUGACGACUGGAUCGUGGCAAGGUACAAUGACCUUGAGAGCGCCCGCACCGCCAUCACGAGUGAGGGUGUUGCUGCGGUUCUAGUGGAGGGAAUGCAGGGCUCUGGAGGAGGUCUUCCCGGGGAGCCCGAGUUCCUCAAGGGAAUUCAAGAAGCUGCAUCAAAGGCGGGCGUGUUGUUCAUCAUAGACGAAGUCAUGACUUCUCGCAUGUCUGGAGGAGGCAUCGCCGAACUGCUAGGUCUCAGCCCCGAUCUCAAGACUUUCGGCAAGUGGCUCGGCGGAGGACUUGCUUUCGGUGCUUUCGGCGGCAGAGCAGAUAUCAUGGCGGCUUUUGAUCCCCGACGUCCUGGUGCUCUCGCACACUCUGGCACCUUCAACAACAACACCCUGGUGACACACGCGGGCUACGCAGGCCUGAGCAAGAUUUACACCCCCGAGGUUGCUAUCCAGUUCACAGACAAGGGCGAUGAGCUGAGAAAUAAGCUCAAUGAGGUGACCAAGGGCACCAGAGUGGUUUUUACCGGGCUGGGCACCAUCAUGGGUGUGCACUUCCCCAAGAACGGCACCCGUUCCAUUGAGAGAUCUGGAGAGGUCGAAGAGAUUGACGCUCUUAGAGACCUCUUCUGGCUUGAGAUGAUGGAGGAGGGAUUCUGGCUGGUGCGGAGAGGCUUCAUUGCCCUUGUACUUGAGACUCCAACUUCUGAGUUUGAUAGGUUCGUGGGAUGUGUCCAGGCGUGGCUUUCCAGGCACGCGGAUGUUGUGAACUGCACUCCUUAA